AUGAAUGGUGCAUAUAAUGGAUUACAAGCACAUAUGAAAAAUUCCAAUCCAUUAAUAGUGUAUACGCAUUGUUUGGCUUAUGUAUUAAAUUUAAUAAUGGAAGAUUCAACAAAAAAAAUUGUUGAACCUGAAAAUAUUUUUGGUUUGGUAGAACAAACAGCAGUUUUCUUAUCAGAUUCUUUUAAAAGAAUGGAAGUCAGUUACUGGAAAAAACCAUUCAGGACAUAAUAAAUUAUAUGGACUACAAAAAAUUUACACAACUAGAUGGUGGAGUAAAGAAAAGGCCUUGUAUUUUAUCAUACAUAAAUAAUUCACGACUAAAACUGACCUGUUGAAAGAAAGUAAAAUAAUGACAAUUUCAAUUCAUCUACCAAGUUUAUGGCAAGAACUCUAAUUGAAAAAUGGUCACUUUUUAGGACUAUACUUAUAUCAUUAGUUCUUCUUGAUAUAUAUUCUAUUACCACACCAGUAUCAGUUUAUUUACAAUCAAAAAAUUAAAAAACUUAGAAAUAAUGAACAUGUUUUAUAUUUAUAUAAAAGAUCUCAAGAAUAUACUAAAUAAAUUAAUAUUUUUUUUUAAAGAUAAACCAUUAAUAAAUAUUGAGGAAGAUUUUAUUAAAAAAAGAGUUUCACAGAAAAAGAUACCUCCUGGUCAGCAACAGCAACAGAUAAAUCAAGAAAUAUAACAUCAUUUAAUAAAUUCAAAUAUAUGGUAUUUUUCAUCAUUGAUAAUUUAGAAAUUAGUAUUUCUGAAAGAUUUAUACCAAAUGAACAAUUAAUGAAAGACUAUGGCUGGUUGGAUCCAAAAAAAUAUUGUGAUUUACAAGCUGUUAAUGAAAUUCCAGAUAAUGUAUUUAGUGAAAUAACAAAAUUAGCUAAUGUUGAAAGAAGCGCAGUACUCACAGAAUUAAAUCAAUUUGCAAAUUACUAUCAUAGCAUUAUUCUAGAACACCUAAUGAAUAUAUUAGGACAAGAUAAAGAAAAUGAAAUAAUAAAAAAUUCAGUAUCUGAAUAA